CUUUUUUUCAACCCGGACUUGGUGGCUUUGCCUCAUACCAUCACUAGAACGAAACCGCGUGUAUAUACAGCCGCAGGAAACCUCAUCGACCGGCUCGAACGUUCAGAAACCAUCGAAUUUUCUUUUUGUCUCCCGAUUACCCCGCCACCGACUGCCCAUCAUGGCUCCUCCCAAGAAAGGCAAAGAGCCUCAGCCUAAGAAGGCGACCAAGACGGUCGAGGACCGAACUUUUGGUAUGAAGAACAAGAAGGGUGGCGCUGCUCAGAGAGAAAUUGGGCGUAUGCAGGCAAACCUCAAGAAUGGUGGUACAGCCGAAGAAAAGAAGAAGCAAGCCGAGAAGGCGGCCCGAGAGCGUGAGAAGAAGGCGGCCGAGGAUGCCAAGAGGGAUAUGGAGGCCAUGAUCAACAGGCCAGCUCAAAUUCAGAAGGUGCCUUUCGGAGUCGAUCCCAAGACGGUUGUGUGUAUCUUCUACAAGAAGGGCAACUGUGAAAAGGGCAAGAAGUGCAAGUUCUCGCAUGACCUUUCCGUCGAGCGCAAGACAGAGAAGAAGAACCUGUACACCGAUAAACGAGGAGAAGAAGAAGAAACGAAGAAGGUUGAGACUUCAGCAGAUUGGGACGAAGAUAAGCUCCGAAGCGUUGUCUUGUCCAAGAAGGGCAACCAGCAGACCACCACCGACAAAGUAUGCAAGUUCUUUAUCGAGGCCAUUGAGGAUGGCAAGUAUGGUUGGUUCUGGAUUUGCCCCAAUGGAGGCGAUAAGUGCAAGUACAAGCACGCUCUUCCACCUGGAUUUGUUCUCAAGACCAAGGAACAGAGAGCAGCAGAGAAGGCGCUCAUGGAUAAAUCACCGCUUAAGACUCUGACACUUGAAGAUUUCCUGGAAUCUGAACGACAUAAGCUGACAGGAACCCUUACACCUGUGACACCUGAGUCGUUCGCCAAGUGGAAGAAGGAUCGACUGGACAAGAAGGCUGCUGAGGAACAGGCACGAAAUGCCAAGGAGAACACUGGUCGCGCCAUGUUCGAGAGCGGAAAAUGGAGGGAUGAAGACGACUCUGACUCGGAAGACGACGAUGAUGUCUGGAAUCUGCAAAAGCUUCGCGAGGAGACGGAAAAUAUUCGUUCAAAGAAGGAGGAGGAACGCCUUAUGGGAAGUUAUGAGACUCCCAACAACGGCACUACGGGCCAGGCGACGCCGGCGGAAGAUACGCCGGCGGAGGAGGCCUCGGGCUCUUGAGUUAAAAGAGAUAACGGCGCAUGGCACAUGUAGUCUAGAAGACCUAGGAUCUGCGAUUUCGUCGAGCUCUCUUCAUCUUGUUGAGCUCGCCGGGGAACGGACCAUCCAGAGGCAAGCCGAGCCCUGCUGCAGACCUCACAUCAGUGAAUUCGCGAGUGAGAGACGUGAGCAGGUCUACCAUGGCGAUCUCGUCAUCUUGUCAAUCCUCAUGAGAGGAUGGAUGACGUCUUUCAUCCGAGUAGAAUACAUUACAGUAUCAGUACAA